CCGGGCCGCGCGCGACCCCCGCCCCGCGCGCCCCCGCGGCUCCGCGCGCGCCCCCGGCGGCGGCGGCGGCGGGUCCAGGAUUCCAUAUUUGGGAGUUGCUGUUUAACCAUGUUUGCCAGUUUGGAAUUACCUGAAGUCCUUUUGCACACCCCACAAUACUGAAGUUGUGACAUUUGUUUUGAUCAACUGGAAUACUUCUCAAGUCACGUGCAGCACGAUUCUGCCAGGAACCCCCUUCUGUUUGUCCUAGUGGAGGAACAGCUUGGACACUGCCAUGGCCACCGUUUUCAGCCCCACACAGUUGGUCUCACAGAGCCCAGUACUGGGUCACCAGCAUCACCUUGGCGUCUGACAGGCUCCCAUUUUGGAAACAAUGGUUUUGGAUGAUCUACCUAACUUAAAAGAUACAUAUGCCUCCUUGUACUCCUCAGCUAUGGAAGUCUUAGAGGUCGAUUUUGAUUCAGGACUGGAGGAAGAUGAACUGAAACAGGAGGCUGGGGAUUCCACAAUCUUUGUCGCUUUUAAAGGAAAUAUAAGUGACAGAGACUUUGAGCAGAAGCUGGAUACCAUACUGGAGAAUGUGCCUGGCCUUUUACACAUGGAUUCCAACAAGUUAAAAGUGCAGAAGAUAGAGCCUUGGAACAGUGUUCGUGUCACCUUCAACAUCCCCCGGGAAGCUGCCGAGCGGCUGCGAAUCCUGGCUCAGAGCAACAACCAGCAGCUCCGAGACCUGGGCAUUCUCUCAGUUCAGAUUGAAGGGGAAGGUGCUAUCAACUUGGCUUUAGCCCAGAGCAGGAGCCAGGAUGUGCGGAUCAACGGGCCCCUGGGAGCGAGCACCGCCAUGCGCGUGGACACGGGAUUCCCUGUGCAGGGGGGACAAGGUUUAAUAAGAAUGAGCAAUGCUGCAGCUGUCAUGAUGUCCCAGGGUGGAAAUGUGCCCUCCUCUAUGGUGGCAAGUGGUGCUAGUGCUGAGCUGCAGCCACGAACACCUCGGCCUUCCUCACAGCCAGAUGCAAUAGACCCACUCUUAUCUGGGCUAAAUAUGCAGCAACAAAAUCAUCCAUCUGGAUCUUUAGCUCCUCAGCUCCAUACAAUGCAGUCAGUUCCUGUAAACAGGCAGAUGAACUCAGCCAACUUUCAGCAGCUACAGCAGCAGCAGCAGUUGCAGAAUCGGCCUCCCCAGCCACAUCAGCAGCCACAGCAGGGUAUUCGACCUUCAUUCACUUCACCAGCACAGGUUCCAGUUCCCCCUGGCUGGAACCAACUUCCUUCUGGAGCACUUCAGCCUCCUCCAACCCAGGGAGCACUGGGUACAUUGACAGUAAACCAGGGCUGGAAAAAGGCCCCAUUGCCUGGACAAAUGCAGCAGCAGCUUCAAGCAAGACCAUCUCUAGCAACAGUACAAACUCCUACUCAUCCUCCACCUCCAUAUCCUUUUGGAAGCCAGCAAGCUUCCCAGGCUCACUCAAACUUUUCCCAGAUGAGCAAUCCUGGCCAGUUUACUGCUCCUCAAAUGAAAAGCCUUCAGGGCGGGCCCUCACGGGUUCCUACACCACUACAACAACCCCACCUGACCAACAAAUCUCCUGCUUCUUCUCCCUCCUCCUUCCAGCAGGGCUCUCCUGCCUCAUCUCCCACCGUUAACCAGACACAGCAGCAGCUGGGACCAAGGCCUCCCCAGAGCAGCACUCUUCCCCAGGGAUUCCAGCAGCCUGUCAGUUCUCCUAGUCGUAAUCCUAUGGUGCAACAGGGGAAUGUACCCCCCAACUUCAUGGUGAUGCAGCAGCAAAACCAAGGUCCACAAGGUUUACACCCUGGUUUAGGAGGAAUGCCCAAGCGGCUCCCCCCAGGGUUCUCUGCAGGCCAGGCUAACCAGAACUUCCUGCAAGGCCAGGUGCCCUCCACAGCUCCAGGAACACCAGGGAACAGCGGAGCACCACAGCUGCCAACCAGCCAGAACGUGCAGCACACAGGUGGCCAAGGAUCUGGACCUCCUCAAACUCAGAUGCAAGCAGCACAUGGCCCACCAAAUAUGAUGCAGACCAAUCUAAUGGGACUUCAUGGAAAUAUGAACAACCAGCAGGCUGGUGCUAGUGGGGUGCCACAAGUUAACAUGGGCAACAUGCAGGGACAGCCUCAGCAAGGACCACAGUCCCAGCUUAUGGGGAUGCAUCAGCAAAUUGUGUCCUCUCAAGGACAGAUGGUGAACAUUCAGACUCAGGGAUCGCUGAACCCUCAAAACCAGAUGAUACUUUCUCGAACUCAGCUCAUGCCGCAAGGCCAAAUGAUGGUGACACCCCAAAACCAAAAUCUUGGUCCCUCUCCCCAGAGGAUGACCCCACCCAAACAGAUGAUUCCCCAGCAGGGACAGCAGAUGAUGUCCACACACAAUCAGAUGAUGGGACCUCAGGGCCAGGUCUUGCUACAGCAAAACUCAGUGAUGGAGCAGAUGAUGACCACUCAGAUGCAAGGAAAUAAGCAGCCUUUUAAUACUCAAAACCAGUCCAAUGUUAUGACGGGGCCAGCUCAACUGAUGAGAGGACCAACCCCAAACAUGCAAGGAAACAUGGUGCAGUUCACUGGGCAGAUGAUGGCACAGCAGGGCCCUGUGAAUGGGAAUCCUUCUCAGGUGAUGGGAAUUCAAGGGCAAGUUUUAAGACCCACUGGACCUGGUCCUCACAUCUCUCAGCAACUUGGGGAUACUGCGACCACAACAAACAACGAUGGGAACUUGACACAGAUGUUACCUGAGGUUCCUGUGCAGCAGCCAAACAUGGUGCCUUCUCAUAUGCAAGGAAUGCAAGGAAACAACAAUGCUUCAGGGAGUCAUUUCUCUGGCCAUGGGCUGCCUUUCAGUACAGGGUUUAGUGGAACUCCCAAUGGGAAUCAGGUUUCCUGUGGACAGAACCCUGUGUUUCCUGUCAAUAAAGAUGUGACGCUCACAAGUCCGCUCUUGGUUAACCUACUCCAGAGCGAUAUCUCAGCAGGGCACUUUGGUGUGAACAACAAACAGAGUAACCAGAAUGCCAACAAGCCAAAGAAGAAGAAGCCUCCAAGGAAGAAGAAAAAUAAUCAACAGCUAGAACAAACAACUUCUUCAGAGUCACGUCCAGCUGGCCUGGAGGAGAGUGAUCAGUCAUCAAUGUCUGGAGACCAAGGAAUGAGUUUAGAGAAGUCAGGCCCUAAACUCUCCGAUUUUGCAAGUAGGCCACCAGGUUAUCCAUCUCAGCCAGUGGAGCAAAGGCCACUUCAGCAGAUGCCGCCUCAGCUCAUGCCCCACACGCAGCAGCCCCAGCAGCAGCAGCAGCAGGCAGCCCCGCAGCAAGGCCAGGCACCCCCCCAGACACCACAGCAGCAGCAGAUGAUGAUGAUGCUGAUGAUGCAGCAGGAUCCCAAAUCAGUCAGGCUGCCUGUGCCACAGGGGGUUCACGCCCCCAGGGCGCCCCUGAACCCGGAUGCCCAGCGGAUGCCAAUGCAGCAGAGCGGGAACAUGCCAGUGAUGGUGAACCUCCAGGGGCCUGGGCCCGUGCCUCCCUCUCCUGACAAACAGAGGAUGGCCCUGCCAGGCAACCCUCCUCUGGGAAAUAAUGCAAGAAAAAUGGUUUAUCCAGAUAACGUACAGAAUCCUUCCAGCUCACCUCUCAGAGAGGUAUCAUCAGUAUCCUCUCUUCCAGAAGGAGGUGGAGCUGAGGGUGGAGCUCCAACAUCAGGAGCUCAGAAUAAUGUGACAUCUCAUUUAGUAGUUUCACAGAACCAGUUAAUGAUGACAGGACCCAAGCCUGGACCAUCCCCACUUUCAGCUGCCCAAGGUGCAAGUCCCCAGCAGCAGUCUAGUUCUCUGUCUAGUGCUCUUACACACCAUUUUCCAAAUGUUGCUGCCCCAUCACAAACGUCAAGGCCUAAAACCCCAAACAGAGCUAGCCCAAGGCCAUAUUACCCUCAGACUCCUAAUAACCGUCCACCCAGCACAGAACCCUCAGAAAUUAGCCUGUCUCCCGAGAGGCUCAAUGCCUCUAUUGCUGGUCUGUUCCCUCCCCAGAUCAAUAUUCCUUUACCUCCCAGGCCUAAUCUCAACAGAGGAUUUGAUCAGCAGGGUCUGAAUCCCACUACUUUAAAGGCCAUUGGGCAAGCCCCAUCAAAUCUCACAAUUAACAACCAGUCCAGUUUUACUGCCUCACAGUCACACAAGUUGGAAGGUGUGGUCAUUAAUUCAGGCAAACAAACCAAUGCUGGAGGAACAAAGAGAGCAAGCCCAAGCAAUAGUCGAAGGUCCAGUCCUGGCUCCAGUAGGAAAACUACACCAAGCCCUGGCAGACAGAAUUCAAAAGCAGCUAAAUUAUCAUUGACAACUCAGCAGAAUCCAUCUCUCUUGCAGAACAUGGAAUUACAGAGAAAUAUGAUAGCUAGUCCCUCUUCUUUGCCAACACCUGUGACCACAAGUUUUCAAAAUAAUUCCAUGCUAAGUAACCAGAAUCCCACAGUUUCUGUACCUGCUGUGACUGGCAUUCCUGAAGACAAUAAGGAGAGCCUUAAUGUGCCUCAAGAUACUGAGAGUCAAAGUGCACAAGGUGUCCUAGGUAGCAAGGACCAGCCCAGUUUUGAACUGAAAGGUGUCCCUACUCCAGAAAUGAAAGUGCUGGUUCCUGAGGAACAGGCAAAAAAAGAUGGGCAAGCCUUAGACAGCAGUAAGCUCCCAGUCAUGGAGGAAAGUAAAGCCAUGGUAUCUCCAGCCAUGAGGGAGGCACCAACUUCUCUAAGUCAACUUCUUGACAAUUCUGGAGCUCCUAAUGUGACCAUUAAGCCCCCUGGGCUGACUGGUCUUGAGAUGGCACCAAUUGUCCCCACUGGUGAGGAGCUAAAGAAGAUAGCUGUCAUUCCUCCACUGCAGGAUUCAUCAUUGAGCAAGGAGCCAUCCAAUUCACUUAGCCUGCCUCAAAAUAAUGAGCCCUGUCCAAAUACAGGGCACCAGGAACUGGGAGAAGUAAAUGCAAGUGUGGCACAGAGUGUUCCUCCAGUAAUGCAGAGGCCUGUUAGCUCUUCUAUUUCAGGUUCUUUACCUCCCAACCAGAUAACAGUUUUUGUGACUUCCAACCCUAUUACAUCUGUUGCUAAUACAUCAGCUCCGUUGCCAUCCCACUUGCAAUCUGCAUUAGUGUCCACUGUUGUCACCAUGCCCAACGUGGGGAGCAAAGUGAUGGUUUCCGAGGGACAGUCAGCGGCUCAGUCCAGUGCCCGGCCGCAGUUCAUCACACCUCUGUUUAUAAACUCAUCCUCAAUCAUCCAAGUGAUGAAGGGCUCUCAGUCCAGCACGAUUCCAGCAGCCCCCAUGACUUCUAACUCGAGUCUGAUGCCUCAGUCGGUCGCGGUUGUUGGUCCUUUGCAUAUCCCACAGAAUAUCAAGUUUUCCUCUGGGCCCACUCCUCCCAGCACCUCAUCCACCAGUCCUGUGUCCAGUAUUCCCACCAGCAGGUCACUUGUUCUGAAUCCCUUGGCAUCUCCUGUCCAACUGCCUUCUUCUGCUCCAACUCCUUCCAGUGUUCCUUCACAGCUUCCUGCUCAGCAAGCCAAGGACUUCAGCCCGGAGGAGACUUCCCAAGGUGCAGGGUCGGGUGAGCAGUGCCCUGUGCCAGCAGCCCAGUCGGGACCUGUUGUUUCCUCUCUGCUUACAAGCAGCCCGGGCUCUGGGAAUAGACGCAGUCCUGUUUCAUCCAGCAAGGGAAAGGGAAAGGUAGACAAGAUUGGCCAGCUCCUUCUGACUAAAGCGUGCAAGAAGGUCACUGGCUCCCUGGAGAAAGGGGAAGAGCAGUACGCUUUGGAUGGAGAAACAGAAGGUCAGGGACUAGAAACGUCGGUCCCAAAUAGUUUGGGAACAGAGCAACCCCCAGCAGAACUCGACAGCAAAAGCGGGACUCCUCCAGCACCCAGUCUUACAAAACAGAGCACUUCUGGGCCCAGCAGCUCGAGCCUCAGCCCCGCGGCGGCCGCUCCAUCCUGCGCGUCCCCGGGCGCGCCCCCGAGCACCCCCGGGCCCAGCGCGCUCCCGGCCGCAGCCCCUCCGGCCGGAGCCCCCCCGGCAGCCCCGGAGCCCGCGGGCCCCAGCGCCAACGGCGGCAACCCCGGCGGGGGCCCGGAGCCGAGCGGGAGCGCCGCGGCCGAGGAGAAGCCCGCAGCACCCCCGGAGCUGCUGCAGGGCGCAGCAUCCUCUCAACUUUUAACACAGAAAAAAAUUUCAGUUGCAACAUCAGAAGGUACUGUUCAAAGAACAGAACUUGAGACAAAUGCUGCAGUAGUUGCUGGUCAAAGUAAUGAGACAAAAGAGAAUUGUGAAAAGUCUAAAACUCCAAGUAGAAGAAAUUCAAGAACAGAGGAUUCUACCGCUUCACAGGAUACUGUAGAGAACGGGCAGCGUAAGAGAUCCUCACGACCCGCAUCCACAUCCGGCACAGCUAAAGAAACGAGUGCCAGUGCAAUGCAGUCAAAAAGAAGAAAAUCCAAGUAAAUUACUGCAUGGAAACAUGAGACUUGUAAAUGAGUGUGAAUUUACCAAUAGCAAUUUUGAGCUGUGAUUUUUCUUUUUUAAAUAAAAUUCUGUACAGUAAGUAAUUUUAAUAUUAUACUGUUCCAAAUAAAUGAUUUUUUUUCUAAAAAACAGAUAAAUAGAUAUAAAAACUGGGUUCUUCUAAAACCCCCUGGAUUUGCAAAGUGAAGUCAGGGUUAGCACAUUAGAGUAAUGUGUUUGUAUGAAAUGGAGGAGGAGGGGAAGACAAUUGUAAAUUUAUUUGUUUCCACUUUUCAUAAACAAUUUAGAAUACAGGGUUGUCAUUUUUAGGUAUUAAAAUAAUGUAAUGUGCUGUUGUUUAAGUACUGUAUGUGAAUAGCAGUCAGAGGGUUUAUAAACAAACCCCAUGUUGUUUGGAAAUGUAAAUAAUUUUAUUAUAUAGUAGAUCUGAUGUAUUUGUUGUAGAAAUGGACCAGUGAAACAAAAAAUAAAUUUAAGGGUUUGUAUAAUGUGGAAUUCCUCAUGCUCUAAAUAAAUGUUAUUGUCCUAUAAA